GGACGGGACCGGGCGGGUUCCGCCCCCCCCCCGCCCCCGGCCGGGCAGCAGUGCGGGAACAGAGCCCGGCGGUACCGGUCAGCUCUGCGCGGCCGGUGCCUGUUCCCCCAAAAUGCACCCGGCCGUGACGGACUGUCCCCAUCGUCACCCCCGUGCCUUAAGUCCAGUCUCUUUAUUUUUCUUUGCUCUCGUCGCUUGAUUUCCAUUGGCACGAUAAAUCCGCUCUCCCGUCCCGUGGGGUUCGGGCAGGUGUUUUAACUGGAGAAAAAAAUACCUAAAACGACGAACGUGGUAAAGUUUUACCUUCGUAUCCAGUUCAAGGUGACAUUUCUAGGGCAUGUAUUUUAAUGAAGAGAUCACCGGGGAAAUGCCGCCGUCCUCGGCUGGUUUGCUGCCGGGAUGACUGGUGAGAGCUGGGCAUCGCCGGCCAGGACGUGUCCCGGUCCCGGCUAACCGGCCCUUCACCGACAGACAGAACUGCCUCUUCCCCGGUGUGAGCCUGGGGCUUGAGGAUCCGAUCCCCGCCACGUCCCCCUCUUUCCAGGCACGGCAGACUAAAGGUGCCAGCCACAGGAGCGGCGGCAUUUCUACAACAGAUCCCACCAGCAGAAAGGAGCCGGCAGCUCACGGUGGAGGCGGGUAAAAAAGCAUUGCCGGUCCUGCUGUGCCCCGGUCCCAUGACUUGCUCUUCCUGGAUCUAUUAUUUGUUGUUUUUAUUGCAGGAAUAGCUUUUUUUAGGGGCUGUUGCGCAAAUACCGUGUGAAGAGAAGGGCUUUGCUCUUUCCAAAGAGGUUGUCUGCUGUCCCGACAUAACUGUGGUUUGUUUUAAUCCUAUGGGACAUGUAGGUUUGAUCUGGCUCUUUCAUAAACGCCAGCACGCAGGUGAUACAAUCUCUCCUCCGUGAAACAGCUCGCGGGCAAAAAACUGCUUUGCCCAAAGCUACAGGGAGUCAUCCGUGCACUCCUGAAAUCCCGACGCUUCAUUGUCUCCUCUGUGGUUAGAUGGAAGCUCCUGUUCAAUAUACAUUGAUUACCUGAAUGUAUUCAGGUAAAUUCUCACAAAUGUUCUGGACGUACAGACCUUUCAUACGACAAGUUCUCAAACCCGACAGCUCCCGCAGCCGCAGCAUGACCUGCGGCGCGGUGAUCUGAACACCCUGCUCCUCGGGCGCCAGAACUGGUAGAUCUCGUCCGCUUGCAUCAUUUCUGUUUGCAUGACUGAAAGAGGAAAUUAACUUUCCUGAAGUGUUUUUCAUCCACCAGUCAGUGACUACAUUGACGUGGUUGAACCUCCUAAGAGUUGCUUGCUGUGAGAAAUUGUACGCUUGUUUCUGAGCAAAGCUUAGCCGAGGGAAGCAUGGUUAAGCUUAGUGUAUCCCCUCUCCCCACCCUCCAGACAAGUCUAUCCCCCUACAGUGCCGCUGACACUGCCUGUCUUCCCGAGCGUGCUGCGAGGGCAGUGGGCAGACAGGCGUUUAUUGACAGUGGCCAACAGAAAGGCACGUUAGAGCAGGAAAACAUAAAACUGGGGCGAAUCAGCUUGGGGACAAAGGAACCCCGUAGUUAAAUGCUGCAGGAAGGGCCAGUCCUCUUUUUCCGGGCUGCUGCUGGGCCAGACUGGAGCCCCUCUGCCCCAUGUCUGUGGCCCAUCACCUUUUCCCUGCUCUUCCCUUCUCCCCAGGCCAUGGAUUCUCCCUAUGCAAACGGAGCCUACAGCCCCCCGUAUCCUCCGGCUCCCGGCGCUGCCCCGCACUACACCGGCCUGCCGCAGACACGGGGGUACUACUGCUCCGCGCCUUCUCGGACCCCCUACCCUGCGGAGUCCACCGGCAUGUACCGGCCCUCGUCGCCGGCUCCCCCCUGGAGCUACGCCCCGCCGGACUGUCCCGCCGAAGGGUCCUCGCUCAGGAGGCAGCAGGUUCCUGGCUACUCCCCACCGCAGACCCCAGGAAUGCCCAUCCCACAGUAUCCAUACGGAGACAGCAAUCCAGGGGUCACGGCGCAGGGGCCUCCGCCACAGCCCAGACCCCCAGAGGACACGUGGGCUCCCCCCACCGUCUACGGGGUGCAGCCACGUUACGCGUGGCCAGCUGCUUCGGUGCACGGGAACCCCUUCGUCUCCGAAUCGCAUCCACCCUGGACUGGCAGCGGAGCUUCUUCCCACCCUCCCGUGUGGGACUCAAAGGAUACUGCUUACAGCAAACCUGAGCAAAGUGCAAACCAACCCAACUACUAUUCUGAUGUCAAUCACCAGCACUCUGGGACAAUGAAUGACCACAAGCCAGCCACUCCACUCAAUGCCAAGCCAUCCCCCUCAAACGCCAAGGUGCAGUACAGCGCACAGCCCCAAAUGUAUGACACUGCAUCUCGGAAGCUUUUGGCUGGGAACCGGGAGGCUGGCUUUAAACCUGGUGACCAGCCUUCAACAAAUUCUGCAGCCAUCCAGCCAGAGAUUCAGAGAAUCCUCCACGUUAUGGGGGAGGCUGAACAGCUGGGGCAAGAGGUAGAUGAAUUUGUAGGAAAAAAGACAGAUAAAUCCUACCGGCUUCUGGAGGAGAUGUUGACCAAGCUGCUGUUGGAACUGGAUUCCAUCGAGACUGGUGGCCAGGACAGUGUUCGGCAGGCCAGGAAAGAGUCCGUCCACAGAAUUCAGGCCAUACUGGAAAAACUGGAAAGAAAGGGAUUGUGAAAGCACAUCAGCCACAACACACAGCCUGUUCUUGAGGUUCCAAAGAGUUUUAGUUCUGUUAAAUCUCAGCUCUUUCUGCUACGCACUAUUGACAAUGGAAUAGCAAUAAGCCCCGAGUUAAAAAAAACAAAACGAAACAAAACCACCAAAAAAAAAAAACCUCAGAAGCCCAACCCCAACAAAUAAUUUGGCAGUGGACAAAUCAAGAGAGGUCUGAAGCAGCAAACUGAAUUGUUUGUUUGUUCCAGGCUUUGGAAAAGCAGAACCACCUGAGGUACUUACGCUGUAGAGUUCCCCUUGGGGGUCCGCAUCCUCUUCAUCAGCAGGAAGAAGAUCACUGUACAAAGUUCCCCAAAUCAGGCCCAAUCUAUAGGUGCCUCCUGCAGCCUCAGCAGUUCUUUAAGCUGGAACACUUGUCAGAUGUGGUCACAAUGGCACUGCAACGUGCAGCCACAAACCAAGACUCUGGGCUUGUCAGUCACUGUGUGUAUUUUCAGCUUCAGCUUCCUCGCCAUAAAAACUUGUGCGUCGUCGUGGGGUUUUGUUUGGUUUUAGUGCACUCAAGUAGCAACACUGAAGUGCUGCAGAAAGGGACCACGCUGGCAGCCCAUCAAUGUAAGCAGAUGUCAUGUCGUGUUGUUCCUCCUCUGUCAUGAAGAGCCAGUCCGUGGUGUCCCCCGUGGACAUGGGAACACAGCCUGGAAAUCUUAGUUCUGCCACUCAAAAGGAUAGGUAGAAGCAGAGGAACGAUGUCACAGCAGAGCAACUGGAAACAGCAGGAUGCUUGGAAAUGCUUUCCAGGUCACUUGGGUAAAAAUCCACUUUUUAAUUGUAAUGUCCUUCCACAUACUGCAAGUUUUGUAUUCCACUGCAAAGGCCAUACUUGUGGCACUGUACAGAACAGAGGGGAAGGGAACAGCUCAGCCUACUGUUAACCUUUUGGUUACAACAUCUUAAGUGAAUCAUUACUGUGUGUGAUGAGAUAAUAAACCCUGACAACUUUUAAAUGUUA